UGUAAUUUACCCGUAAACAAACAAAGUGGCAGAAAAGCCCUAGCCGCAAUUCGUGAUAACCGAAGGAAGAAGAAGAGUAGACCCAGCUGCUCCGACCAGCCAGCAAAGGGGAAAAUCUCCAAAUAAACGCAGUCGCCGAAUUAAUUUUCAGAUAGAAAAGCGUUGUAGUCUGGACGAAAAAUGGUACGGCCUUUUGCAAUAAAAGGGCGCAAACGAAAGAAGAGAGAAGAUAACUAUGAUAGAGAAGACAUUGAAGAGUUAACAAAAGAGGAGGCGGCUGGCACAGAGGAGACACUAGAUGAGGAUAAAGAAGCAGGUACACAUGAACUUGCAGGCAUUCCAAUUCAACCAUUUGAUCGGGGGACCAAGACUGGCGCUAUUUUCAUUCUUGAGAAGGCUUCAUUGGAAGUAGCAAAAGUUGGAAAGACUUACCAGGUAUUGAAUUCGGAUGAUCAUGCCAAUUUUUUGCGAAGGAAUAACAAGAAUCCUGCUGAUUACCGUCCAGAUAUUGCUCACCAGGCUAUCCUAGCAAUUUUAGAUAGCCCCCUAAAUAAAGCUGGAAGAAUGCGAGCUUUGUAUGUGAAAACAGAGAAGGGUGUUCUAUUUGAAGUUAAACCACAUGUUCGUAUUCCAAGGACAUAUAAGCGAUUUUCUGGUAUCAUGUUGCAGUUGCUACAAAAAUUGAAUAUCACUGCCGUUGGUAAGCGUGAAAAACUGUUGCGUGUGAUCAAGAACCCUGUAACACAGUAUUUACCCCUCAACUCCCGCAAAAUAGGCUUCUCAUUUAGUUCGCAAAAAUUGGUUGAUAUAAGAGACUACGUGGCUUCUGUUAACGAUGACUUGAACUUUGUUUUUGUGGUCGGCGCUAUGGCCCAUGGGAAAAUCGAGAAUGAUUAUGUGGAUGAUUUUAUCUCGAUUUCUGGUUAUCCCUUGAGUGCGGCGGGCUGUAUUGGAAGAAUUUGUUGUGGUUUGGAGCAGAAGUGGAAUAUCUUGUAAACCCAGCAACCAGAAUGAGGGUACCAUGAACCCAGGAUUUCUGGAAGUUUUGAUAAAUGGGAAUACGCGUUUCUACCCAUUUUCUAAUCUUUUUUAUUUUAUUUUUUUGGUUUUGUUCCUUUUUUUUUUUUUUAAUUCUCACAGUAGGGAUAUUCCUCUAUCUUGCACUUGUAAUAUGAGGAAGGAAACAGGGAUUUUUAUUUAUGGAUUAUCCUUUUAAAAACAUCUGCAAGAAAUUUCCUUAUACGAAUUAUUUAAGUAUAAUCACGGUCA